AGAUACAAGGGACAGUUCUACCGGGGCCACCGCCACGGAAAGGGCGUUUGCUACUGGUCUGAUGGUUCGAAAUUCACAGGAGCUCUUUAUCUUGACCAUGUGGAAGGCUAUGGGACCUGGGAAUGGAUGGAUGGCAGAAAAUUUCAGGGGCUGUACAAAUGUGAUGAGAGAUUUGGACCAGGGAUUGAGAGCUAUCCAGAUGGCUGCCAGGACGUUGGCUUGUGGCUCAGGGAUUAUCUCAUUAAACUGUGUACUGAAGUACCCAAUUUGUUUUCUCUCUCGGAUUAUCCAGUGCACCACAGAUACAUUGAUGACAGUUCUCAAAAGAAGUAUAUUUCAGUUGAGGAAGACCCAUUUCUCCGUAGCUACAAGCAUCUCGCUUUUGAUGAUAAGGAUAUUUGCCCUGAAGGAGUCUUUGCAUAUUCUCAUGACACAGAUCAUCUUACUUUGACUCGCUCCUUCCUGGAAGAGUGUGAUGCCUGGUAUUUUCAAAACACCCCAAAGAUGCCUAAGGAAGACCCUUGGCCUGUUAAAAAUGUAACCCCUCUGCUAGUUAGAAUGCAGAUGCAUAUUUACAAGCACAGGCGCUGUCAGGCAAAAUUCACUCCUGAUGUUCGCCGCAUUCUCCGAGGAGCCCGUGGUACCUACGGCCCCCCAGGCCCCAGGGAACUUGCCGCAAAGCAGCUCAUUGAGGCAGCAGCACGAGGAGACUGUGCUGCGGCCCUUGUGAUCCUGAGGAAUGGGCUUGUUCACCCAGACACAGCCGACAAUCGGGGACACACAGCACUUGCUGUGGCCGCUGUUCAUUCCCACAACGAUGUUGUCAAUCUUCUUCUUGAUAGUGGAGCUGAUGUGAAUAAGUGUAAUGAUGAAGGAUUAUCUGCUCUCUCCAUGUGCUUUAUUCUUUUUUAUCCAGAAGAAUCUUUCAAGGGUAAUAUUGCCGAGAGGAGCUUGCACAGUUACAAGGAGAAUGAACAAUCAGAAUCCUCAGAAGUAGUCAGUGUGGCUGAAGGCAGAACCUCAGAACUACAGAAGAGAUGGGAAACAAUCCAACUGCUGCUUCGUCGAGGUGCAGAUCCCAAUACACCCUGGGUCCCACCACACCUUCUCUUCUUCGCUGUUAAAGCUGCAGAUGCAGAAGCAGUGAAACUCCUCUUAGCAAGGGGAGCCAGGACUGAUGUGCGGCUUUCAUCUAAGUUACGGGGAUUAACACCUCUGCACAUAGCUGUCUCCAUUCCUGGGGCAGAGGGGGUCCAGAUAACACAACACCUCUUGCAUUCUGCCCCAGAUCUGAACGCAAGGGCAGAAGAUGGAAAUGAAAUAUACACUCCAGACAAGGCUCAGGCCAUAGAAGCCAGCUGCACAGAAGGUGUCACAUUUCAGCUGAAGAACACAGCUGGGUCACCACAAGAGUACUUUUCCUCCUAUAGUGGUCCUGUCCCAGAGGAAGGUGGAAGGACUGCCCUGCAUAUUGCAUGUGAAAGAGAGGACAACCACAAGCAUGCCAGAGAUGUUAUCUGCCUCCUUUUAAAGCACCAGGCAAAUCCAAACAUGCUGUGGAGUGGCCAUUCACCGCUGUCCUUAGCCAUCGCCAGUGGGAAUGACUUGGCAGUGGCUGAGCUCCUCAAGCAUGGGGCUGACCCCAACCUGCCCCUGGGUGCAGCAGUCCACAGUGCCCUCUGCGCUGCGCUCAGCACAGCCUACGGAUGGGAGAGACCAGCAGCACAGAGGAUCGCUUUGGUUGAUAAGCUGCUUGAAGCUGGUGCAGAUAUCCUUGCACCAGUUACUCUUGGGGAGGGACAGGGCAAGGCUGUGGGAACAGUGGUGGACUAUGCCUACAACAUAUACGCUCAGGACUGGAGAAUCUCUCACACGCUGUACCACACCCUGUCUGCAGCUGAGCAGGAAGUUUUCCAAACCCGCCAGUCACUUCUGGAACACAUUUCAGAGAAACUCCGUGAGCGCAUCAUCCUGAAAGAGAAAGAACUGCCCUUCUUUAAGUACUGCUACCAGUGUGGCCGCUCAGUUGGGGUCCAGCUGUCACUUUGUACGCGUUGCCAUGAAGUCUUCACUUGCAGUGAAACCUGCAAGAAGAAAUCCUGGGCCGAGCGGCACAGGCAGGAGUGCAGGGGGCUGCGGGAUGUUCUCCUCCAUUCUCAGAACACUAGCCUUAUCAACCAGAAGAAAAAGAUGGAGGGUGACAUCUCCCAGCUGCAGACAGAGGUGGAAGAGGCCAUUCAGGAGUGUCGGAAUGCUGAGGAGAAAGCCAAGAAGGCCAUCACCGAUGCAGCCAUGAUGGCAGAGGAGCUGAAGAAGGAGCAGGACACCAGUGCCCACCUGGCACGGAUGAAGAAGAACAUGGAGCAGACCAUCAAGGUCCUGCAGCUGCAGUUGGAUGAGGCAGAGCAGUUGGCCCUCAAGGGAGGGAGGAAGCUGAAGGACCUGGUGAGCAAGCUGGAGAAUGAGAAGCGCAAUGCCGAGAAUGUCAAGGGCCUCCACAAGUCUGAGCGGCACAUGAAGGAGCUCAGCUACCAGGUGUAG